GCGGAAAUAAAUCAAACUGGUCUUGGCAGAUAACGACGUCAUAUGCUACCAACUGUGCGACUGCUUUACAAUCGCCUCCCCAUUGACCCAACAAGACACAACUCUACACGAGCGGUAGGUUCACUGGGCUAGACGAGAGGUGAACAAGGCUAUUAAACCUCUCGGAAAGGAUUUUGAGUAGAAUGACUUAUCGAGAAUACAUCUGGAUGUGAAGACAUGGCAGAGUUAUUACGAUCUGAAUCAAAUCUUAAACCCAGCGAACUAAAGGCUGCAUUUAAGCGAAGUCAACACAUAGAUGCGUUGCUUGACCAGGAAAGAGAAAGAAAAUCACAAGAAAUACAACUUCUCACGCUUGGUUCUGGAAAUUCAGGCAAAAGCACGUUUAUCAAACAGCUGAAGAUUGUCUAUGACGAUGGGUUUAACGAGAAAGAACGACUGGAGUACAGACCACAGGUGUACCGGUUGCUGGCGGGGAAUAUCGCUAAAAUCACACGUGCGGUGGAACAGCUAGGGUUGCACUUCAACUCACAUGAUGUUAAGGCAUUUGCCGAGGAUCUUUCCGCCGAGACCGAUGAUGACGGUAACAAUAACAACUCUUCCUUCACCCCCUUGGGAAAACACGAGAUUCUUUCUGAUUUUUGGGGCGAGACGGCCGUUCAAGAAUGCUUCGAGAGUCGAGCGCGCUUCCAUAUCGACGAGUCUUCCAAACAUUUUUUUACAGACAUCAAACGUGUUUCGGGGGAAGACUACGUUCCUACACAAAGUGACAUUUUAUUGGUCCGGAACCGAACACAAGGUGUCAUAGAGAGGAGUAUUUUAGUCAACAACUAUAACUAUAGAGUAAUAGACGUUGGAGGCCAGAAAAACCAAAGGAAAAAAUGGAUUCACUUCUUUGAUGGUGUAACUGCGGUGGUAUUUUUCGCAUCCCUAAGCAGCUAUGAUGAGCAGUUAGAAGAAGAGGAAGAUACAAAUGCAAUGCUCGACAGUUUAGAUCUGUUCGAGGAAAUCACACACUGCGAGUUUCUCGCAAACACCCAGUUUAUCCUUUUCCUCAACAAGCUGGACUUGUUCAAUAAGAAACUUAGUAAAUCUGACCUAUCAAACUGCUUUCCCGAAUUUAAAGGUGGGACGGAUCCCGGGAAAGCGUUGGAAUAUGUGAAGGAACAGUUUAUGUCUCGUAAACCGGCAGACAAGCAUAUCUAUGUCCACGUAACGUGUGCUACGGAAACAGACCCAAUGAAGCCUGUACUAGAGGAUGUCUUUGAGAUUUUAGUGGGAAUAAACCUUAAGAGAAUAGCAUCACUUUGAUUCUCCCUUAGAUAGUCCCACUUUACGGAGGAAUGAAAUAGUAUCUGUUCCCGGUCGAAAAUAUUAAAUACCAGACAGAUGACGGUUAAGAUAGUACGAAAAAGAACUGAAAUGGACUGGAAAUGGUGUUUACAUCAAAGUUAGGAAUUUUCUCUCAUCGCAAAACUAUUGUGCGCCACAAAGCAAUAACAAAUAAACCUUUUCUUGUUACGAGUUUAAGCUUAUAUAGUAAAAAAAGAAAAAUUUGAUCCAUUGGUUUUUUAUUGCCUUUUUGUUGUGAACUUAUGAUUCAUGCCGAAACUAGAUACAUAAAAGGUGGGCCACUUUAAAUAUAAAGCUAUUGUGUUUGGAUUUAAAUGAAAUUCCUGUAUAUAGCAAACCGCCCUUGAAGAGCUAGCUCCCCAAUAUUUGUACAUAACAGGUCAUCAUCAGAAGGAAAUUACAAUUAAAUUAUUGUUCUGUUUUGAAUUGCGUUGCCUGUUACUACUGUUGAGUUCAUUCCCAGUGAUUUGUUUUAUUACAGCAUACUUACGAAUGUAUAAUAAAUUGAAUGAGUACCUAGAAACUUUC